GGAAAAAUAAGAGAUAAAUUAAUACUUAUAUUGAAGUGAGACAAAAUAAGCGAGAUGCAACAUGACACACAACAUUGAUAAUCAUUGGCCACCGAUUUUGAUUCGAAUUGGCGUUGUGUUGUAUAUUCCAUUGUAACUUAUGUGAAUUUUGAGAAGGGAAAAUUCGAACAAUGUUUGGUGCUGUUCAGUUGGGGUUAUUUGCAGCAUGUGUUGUGUUGUUUGUUCCAAUGGGUAUGGCUGGUUGGCACUUGAGUCGUAACAAAGUUCUCUUUUUUAGUGGUGCACUUUUUAUUACUCUUGCUGUUGGUGUUCAUCUAACUCCUUAUUUCCCUUCUGUUUCUGAUUUCAUUACAUCGGUUAAAUCAUCUUCUGUUGUUGAUGAUGUUGUUGUUGUUGAAGAUCGUGAUUCGUGUGUUUCUUUGCUUCAUGAGAUUGCCUGGGAGGUUAGGCCAAGUAAGGUUUUUGACCCUUUUUUGAAUAACAAUUCUUUGAACUAUGACAAGUUGUGGUCUUGGAGUAGAAUGAAUUCUGUUGAAUCAUGUGAGUUUCAGAGGCUUAAGAGAAAUGAUGUUUUGGAUUUGCUUUAUGGGUCUUGGGUUAUGGUUGCAGGGGAUUCACAAGCUAGAAUCUUUACACUUUCUUUGUUGAGUUUGGUUUUGGAUUCGGAGAGGGUCGAAUCGGCUAGGAGUUUUUUGUUUCAGAGGCAUAGUGAUUAUCACAUUGUUGUUGAUGAGAUGGGUUUGAAAUUGGAUUUUAUUUGGGCACCUUAUCCUAAUAAUUUGACUAAUGUGGUUAUGGAGUUUAAGCAGAAACAUUUGUAUCCUGAUGUUUUGGUCAUGGGUUCUGGUUUAUGGCACAUGCUACACGUUAUAAAUGCGUCUGAUUACGGUGUCUUGUUAAGGUUGUUAAGGAAUUCUGUGACAUCAAUGUUGCCUGUUUCGCCGAAAUCCGGCAACAACGAACCUGCGAUUGGUUCUGUUCCGUCAGUUAGAUCUCCGCAUUUGUUUUGGUUAGGCAUGCCGACUUUGAUAAACUCUAUGUUGAAUACACAAAAGAAGAGGGAGAGGAUGAGUGAUGCAAUGCAAGGUGAGUAUGCGAGGGAGGUGCAUAAAAGUAGUAUAUUGAGGGAGUUCGGUGGUCCAUUUCAACUACUUGAUAUAGGGUCAUUGAGUUUGAAUUGUGGAAUCAAAUGUACAGAUGAUGGAAUGCAUUAUGAUGAAGCUGUUUAUGAAGCUGAACUUCAUGUUAUGUUCAAUGCAUUACUUAUAGAAUCUCAUCAGAAGCUCUAAAGCUUACUGUGCUUGUGUUUCAAAACAAAAAUUUCUAUAGUUACACCGUGCGUUAAACACGAAGCUGCGCCUUAGAGAGUUAGCUGGUUGUGUGGUGAGAUGUCGACAAACAUCGAAGCAAGCAUUUGCUAUAUGGCAUUGGUUCUUUCUUUGAUAAUGUGCUUGGCUCCCUCUGGUAAGGGAGAUAUACACGGUAGGAUAUGCAUAACGAUUUUGAUUAUUAGAAGUUGAGUUUUUCUUUGAUCAUAGCUUGAAAAUUUUCGCCAGGUAGGCUAUGGCCUUACAUUCAAUUAGUUUUAGAGUAUUUUUUUAUAGCAAAUCACAUUUGAAAUUCUUUUGUUUUCCCCUCUUUUUUGUAUUGUUCCUAUGUAAGCUAACAGUUCAUGUAUUAUUUUAGUCUCAAAAGUUGGAAACUCGAAAUUCUGUACAAACAUUGAAUACAUGCGUUUAACCACACAAUUUAAUUGGGAUUCAUUUCUAA